ACCACGGCACAAGCAGGAGGCAGACCAGAAGAUUUACAUAUCCCAGGGUGUUACAAACUCCCAAUCGAUUCCUGCAGUCUUUGGAACUUUUUUCCGAUGCAGUCAUACAAUAUGAAGACUAGGUAUUAUUGGCAUUUGGUCUUAAGCUGAUACCAAUCGACGACUUGACGCAAAAUGUCUAAUGUUCUAAUGUCCAACAUAUCUACCAAAUAUAUUAAAAUAUUUUUUUUUUUUACUGAGAAACUUGGCAGCCCUAUGUUGUUCUCAUCUGUUAUACUUUGUAUCAUAUGUUCGUUGCGUUUAUCAACUGUUUUCGGUCUUUUGUUUUGAUUUUCUAAAUUUGUAUUGUACGCAAUUUUCGCCUGAAAGUGACAGUCAAACGUAUAAAUUCGAUUGUUCUUCCCCGCGUAACCGACAGAAGAGAGCACCACAGUAAAUGCUGCAGUUUAAUGCAAUCGAUUGGGUCAUUUUGGCUUGUACAUAACCCUGGAAAUUAUAUAAAGCUUGUAGCCGGCAUUUUAAAGACCAAGUUCUUCUAAUAUCCAAGAAAAGAAAUAUGUUUUCGCUCUUGUGUAAGCGGUGCUUCAGAAAUUGCUCAGGCAACAAAGUUAUAAUUGGAGCAAAAUUUCUUAAUAUUCCUCAAGGCAAUUUUUACUUUUCGACCAAAGUUGGCAAUCAACCGGUUACCGUAGAUGAAAACCAAUGGGAAACUAUUUAUCAUCUGCCUUUGAUACGUUUGGCUUCAGCAUAUAAUCGGGUUAAAAAACCGUACGGCUUGUUUACUGCCCUCGCAAUUCCGGCGGCAUAUGGUUUGGAACAUGCUUCGCAAUUACCGCCAAGCGCUGGCAUGUUGGUGGCAAUUGUUGGGGUGACUUCAUGUUUGACAUUAGCUCUUAGUAGUUUAGCAUUCGAAAAUCUCGUAGGAUUUAUUUAUGUAAAUGAAUCCAACGACAAAGUGAAAUUAGCUUUUAUAAAUUAUUGGGGCGAACGAGAUGAUCGAAUAAUAAAUAUGAACGAUUUAAUACCUAGCUGGGAGCAAAAGAAACCAAUCAAACUGGGUUUCUAUCAACUUAUACUUUUACAUAGUGAUCCAAAAGUGAAAUAUAAGCUAUUGCAUAGACACGGUGCCAUUGAGAAUUCGCAAGCGUUUGCAGCAUUAUUUGGGGAAUAAAAGGCCAGAAAGGUAUACCAUAAAAUUUAUUUUAUCAAUAAGUUUGAAAAUUACUUAUGUAAAAAUUAAU